GGGCGAGGCGGGGCGCGGCGCGAGCCCCUCCAGCGCUCAGGGGCUCCGCCCGCCGCUUCCUCGCGCACAGGAAGUGGCGCCGCGGCGGCAGCGGUUCUGUCUUCCUUUUGCUGACUUAAACCACAGAUUCCAAGGAAAGGAGGGGAAGUGGAAUAAAAUCCUCAAAUACCAGAGGAAAAGCCCGACUAGCCAAUGAAAAUUACUGUUACUAAACUGUAGACCACUCUCACUUACACAUAGUGGGAAGAUAAAAAUUGCUGUCAAUUCAAAGUUUAUAAAAUUACUUUUGCAGAAUUUCCUUACAGAGCUAAAUAGGCUAAAAUCCUUCAACUAGGUUGAAAUAGGAAAUGUAAAUAUGACUCCUUGCUGGCAUCUUCCAUCUUCAGCUCCCUCUGCAGGGUUUUUUGUUUAGCAUAGGAAAUACUGAACAAAUUGUAUGGCAUCAACCAAACUUACCGUUGAUGGUUAUGGAUGACAUAGGAACUUCAGAUUUAUGUCUCUGCAAUGACACCCGAUUAAGGCAAAGGCUGAAAACUGCUCAUUGGCUACUUGAUCAAAACUUGUAGUAAUGAUUACUGUCAUUCUUUUACAAAGAUCCAAACUGGAGUGAUGUUACCUGGAAGGCAUGAGCAGACAAGUCAUCUUUUUGGAUUGGAAGCAGAAAUAAUAUGAGAAUGCCCAGAAGAGGUUUAGUAAUUCAAGCCAGGACUCGUUGGCUAUUAGUGGGCCUUGCUUUACUGUUCAGUUUAGUCUUGCUCAUGUAUUUGCUUGAGUGUGCUCCGCAAACAGAUGGUAAUGCACCUCUGCCUGGUGUUGUAAGUGAAAACAUGGGUAAAGAAUACUAUCAAGCUCUCUUGCAGGAACAAGAAGAGCAUUAUCAAAACAGAGCUACCAGUCUGAAACGUCAGAUUGCCCAGUUAAAGCAAGAGCUUCAGGAAAUGAGUGAUAAAUUGAAAUCCCUGCAGGAAAAAAAGAGCCCCAAGGUCAAUGGUAUGAACUACCAGGGCACCAAAGAACAAGCAUCCAAUGAUCUCCUGGAGUUCCUUCAUUCCCAGAUUGACAAAGCUGAGGUGAGCGUGGGGGCCAAACUGCCCAGUGAAUAUGGUGUCAUUCCUUUUGAAAGCUUUACAUCCGUGAAAGUAUUCCAGUUGGAGAUGGGGCUUACUCGUCAUCCAGAAGAGAAACCCGUUAGAAAGGAUAAACGAGAUGAAUUGGUGGAAGUUAUUGAGGCUGGCCUGGAAGUUAUCAAUAAUCCAGAUGAAGAAGAUGGACAAGAUGAAGAUGAUGGAGUAGGAGAAAGGCAGCUGUAUAGUGAAAAUGAUUUCAUAGAAGGUUAUUAUCGUACAGAAAGAGAUAAAGGGACGCAGUAUGAGCUCUUUUAUAAGAAGAUGGAUGGCAUGGAAUACAGGCAUGUCACCUUGUUCCGACCUUUCGGACCCCUCAUGAAAGUGAAGAGUGAAACAGUCGAUAUUUCUAGAUCAAUCAUUAACAUUAUUGUCCCUCUUGCUGGAAGAACUGAGGCAUUUGCACAGUUUAUGCAGAACUUUAGGGAUGUGUGUAUUCAUCAGGAUAAGCGUAUUCAUCUCACAGUGGUAUAUUUUGGACAAGAUGGGCUAUCAGAAGUAAAAGGCAUCCUAGAAUCCAUAGCUAGAGAAACUAACUUCCACAAUUACACACUCGUCUCUUUGAACGAGGAAUUUAACAGAGGCCGGGGACUUGAUGUGGGUGCCAGAGCCUGGGAAAAGGGCGAGGUCCUGAUGUUCUUCUGUGAUGUUGAUAUUUAUUUCACAGCCGAGUUCCUCAACAGUUGUCGCUUAAAUGCUGAGCCUGGGAAAAAGGUUUUUUAUCCUGUGGUAUUCAGCCUUUAUAAUCCUGCUAUUGUCUAUGCCAACCAAGAUAUACCACCACCUGUGGAGCAACAAUUGGUACACAAAAAGGAUUCUGGUUUCUGGCGGGAUUUUGGCUUUGGGAUGACUUGUCAAUAUCGGACAGACUUUCUGACUGUUGGAGGUUUUGACUUGGAAGUAAAAGGCUGGGGCGGUGAGGAUGUUCACCUUUACAGAAAGUACUUGCACGGUGACCUUAUUGUGGUCAGGACACCGGUCCCUGGUCUGUUCCACCUCUGGCAUGAGAAACAUUGUGCAGAUGAACUCACUCCAGAACAGUAUCGCAUGUGUAUCCAGUCCAAAGCCAUGAAUGAGGCCUCUCACUCGCACCUUGGGAUGCUGGUCUUCAGGGAGGAGAUCGAGACUCACCUCCGUAAGCAGGCUUACAGGACUAACAGCGAAGCAGUGGGUUAAAUGUCACCUCUGUGACAUUUGACGACUUAAAAUUCACAAUGAACCAGCAUCGUUUUACGGCCUUAAUUCAGCUUAAUAAUGCAGUGCCUCUCUUUUUCAGUGAAGAAUAUUUUAGGGGGGGUUGGUUCUAGUAUUUGUUUUCCAAGUAAUUCUUUGAAUGAUGUGCUGUAAUCUGCAUACUUGCUAAUUCAAGCACCUCAGAUAAAUUGAAAAUGUAUGUAGUUCAAGCAAAGCAUCUUCAGUAUCAACUGGAAAAAUCAACUCAACACUUUUCCACAUGGUACAUUUCAAUUCUUAUAUUUGCAUUAUUUUAAGAAUUAAAUAAUAUUUUGUGUUGUCAUGUGUAUUUUCAGUCUGUAUGGCUCACUGCACUGUGACUUUAGAAGGAGACCGUACUUACACUGCGUUGUAGAAACAAGAGAAAGGUGUGAAAAAGAAUCUUGCCAUGAAAAGCGUAUGGGAUAUGCUAACUGGUAUGUCAGAUGUUCUGAUUGCUGAUUUCACAGCAAGGGCUUUGUGCUGUGUUUGUUGUAUUAACAGACAUUCACAUGGUUGAAUAUAGAGUAAUCCGUGUGAAAGUGGGGAGAUGAAAGUCUUUUAAAGUGGAAUUUUAGAGCAUAUAAUGUAAUUUCACACUGCAAAAGAGGCACCUUUCUUAUCUCAGUGAUGGAUCAGACAAGUUGGGAAUGUUCCAGUUGGGCAUUUCCAGGUCCAGUCUUAUACCACAAUAGGUGCCACAUCACAGAAUCCCUUAUAUAAACUGAGCUAUGCUCUUAAACUUGUUUUAAGAUCCUCCUUAUUCAAAGGCCCUGCCUGUACAUCUCAUCGUUUAAAUUGAGGGGACCAUCUUUUCAUUCCUAUAUAAAUUUAUCAGAAGCCCGUUUGCUAUUAUGCCUAAAUUGUCCUUUUGCUUUCUUUUUCUUUCUGGCAUUUUCCUGACGUGCUUUCAGAAGACAGCAAUGUACUCUUAGCUGUUUCAAUGACUGAAAAAGCAAGUGCUAUUACAAUCUUUCUUCAUACAAUGCUCUCCAUCCCACUGAUUAUCCUAGUAGCCUUAUUCACUUUUUCAGUUUAAGGGAGGUUUAGGGUUUGGUUGGUUUGGGGUUUUUUUCCCCUCUGUGUUUUUUUUGUUUGUUUGAGCAUGCGUAAGCAGAAUUAUGUUGUGAUCUCAUUAGUGCCGUGUACAAUGGCACUACUACUUAACUACUUCCCUUUUGUGUAUUUUGGGAUGCAUAAAGAGUUUAAAAGCAGGCAGGUCGUUUUUCUCCAUGUUGUCUUAUUUGUUACCAUAUGGCAUGCCUCAUUUUUAAUAAAUUGUUUCUAGAAUGAAUGCUGAGAAUGCUAAUUCAGUGGUUAAACCAUUUAACCAUUUGCCUGGUCUCGGCUGAGGUUAGAUAUUAGUUGAAAGCUCUUCUCAAACCAGGUAAUUAAGAUCUGUUUAUGAAUUCAGUUUGCUUCAGGAAUUCUGAAGGCAACUUAAGAUUUAAAUGGUUGAUUUCUGAAUAGCAGAUGCGCUGUGCAAAUAGUUCUGGGCACUGAUCCUUUUUAUAUGUACAUAAAAUUGCCUUCAUGUAACUUAUUGUGGAGAAUAGUGUACUGUAUUGUACUUAGAGUGAAGAGAAUGCAUUGCAAGACCUCUUGCAAUUGAUAUUCUCAACAUAAUAAAUUGAAUUUCUGCAUUUUAGAGACUG